UUCGAUCCCAAUCAUGGCCCUGCUCUUCUGCUCUCUCUCUCUCUCUCUCUCUCUCUCUCUCUCUCUCUCUAUAUAUAUAUAUAAGUGUAAGUAGGAGUAUUUAAUUUCACAGGCUCGAUCAGCUCAACCCUCUUCACCUAUAUAGCUACGAACUUCAUCGUCCCUAUCCUUAUAAUUUCACAUUUAUAAGGUGUCGGUCGGAGGGGGAGAGAUGGCGGCUGCAGUAUCAUCAUCUGUGGCUGCUAUGAUGCCUGGAUGGCUGGAGGGAUUAAUGGCGGAGACAUUCUUUGGGGGCUGCGGGGCCCACCAGAAUCGCAGGAAGAGUGAAAAGAACAUCUUCUGUCUCCUGUGCUGCCACAGCUUUUGCCUCCACUGCCUCCCCGCUCACCACCCAGCUCACCCUCUCCUCCAGGUGAGGAGAUAUGUUUACCAAGAUGUUAUUAGACUGGACGACCUUGAAAAACUCAUCGACUGUUCCUACAUUCAGCCGUACACAAUAAACAGUGCGAAAGUGAUAUUCUUGAAUCCUCGGGCACAGUCGUCGACGAGAUGUUGCAAAGCCGGUUCUUAUAAUUCAUCAGCGGGGAACACUUGUUUCACCUGCGACAGAAAUCUGCAGGACCCAUUCAAAUUCUGCUCCCUCUCAUGCAAGGUCAGGGUGGAUCACAUGGUGUACCACGGGGAAGAUUUAUGGAGCAUUGUGUACGGCAGGUUUGGUGAUGGUGAUGGUGAUGGUGAUGAGGAGCUAAUGACUACAGCAAGUAUGAGUAUCUCCCAAUUUGAAGGGCUGCGGAGGUAUAUGGACGAUGCAGAUCCCACUGAUCCUGCUGCCUGCUCUACAUCUAAUAUUCUGCUGCGGCAGAUGGAGAUGGAGAUGGAGGAGGAGGAAUAUGCUGCAGCAGCACGCGCCAGCUCCCCAAUGAACAACAGCAAUAAUAAUAAUGGAUCUGUGCAGCAGCUAUCGUCGUCGUCGUCGUCCUUUACCACCAGCAGCAGCAGAAGGAAGAGGGCCCCUCGGAGGUCUCCACUUUCUUAAUCAUUCCAUUCAUUAAUCAUUCACCACUGAAUCAACCACAACAAAUUAAACCACUACCGCUUUACAUAUGUAACACAGUACUCGACUAUUCAAUUCAUAUCAAAUCACUCCACCUCAUUAAUUAAUUAUUUAUUAUUAUAUAUCAAUGACUGUUUGCGAGAAAAGCGGUGAAGUCUGGUUAUAUAAUGAUUUAAAC